UUACGUGGUUUUAUCGCACUUUAUUCGUUUUCGACUCGAAGGAAUUCCGUGACGUCACUUCCUGUUACUGUUAUCUGCGUCCAUCAGAGAGUGGCCACAGCGCGAGAUGUCUCACUACACUUUGAAUUGUGUUGCUUGUAGGUCCAAAACCUGAGUUUAGCUUUGUGUUUUUGCAUUUCUGCGUGGUCUGAGCGACGCUGCGGGAAAUAUUGCUUUAUUUCGGGCAAGGUAGGCUAGUUUGAAGCCUCGGUGACAGCGGAAGAACCGAGUCCCGCUGGCGGCCACGUUCUUCCGCCAGAGGACUCAUCUGCUCGCAUAUAGACAAUCUGUGCAGGUCCGGGUAGAAGGUGGGGCGCGCAGUCUGAUGAUCAACUUGUAAAAGUUUUCUGAGGCGGAUUCCUGAGAGGACGGCAGGGAAACGCGUCGGCAGCAGAACCUCCAGGACCCGGGGCAGAGCUGUGCGGCGCUGGUCCGACACCGACCAUGUCGUCUGCUAAGAACAAGAACCAGACGUCUCUGGUUCUGCACAAGGUCAUCAUGGUGGGCAGCGGCGGCGUGGGCAAGUCGGCGCUGACCCUGCAGUUCAUGUACGACGAGUUCGUGGAAGACUACGAGCCCACCAAGGCGGACAGCUACAGGAAGAAGGUGGUUCUGGACGGCGAGGACGUCCAGAUAGACAUCCUGGACACGGCGGGCCAGGAGGACUACGCCGCCAUCAGGGACAACUACUUCAGGAGCGGAGAGGGCUUCCUGCUCGUCUUCUCCAUCACCGAGAGCGAGUCCUUCAGCGCCACCGCCGAGUUCAGGGAGCAGAUCCUGCGGGUCAAGGAGGAGGAGGCGGUUCCGCUCCUGGUGGUGGGGAACAAGUCGGACCUGGAGGACAAGCGUCAGGUGACCCAGGAGGAGGCGGGGGCCAAGGCGGGCGAGUGGGGGGUGCAGUACGUGGAGACGUCGGCCAAGACCCGGGCCAACGUGGACAAGGUGUUCUUCGACCUGAUGAGGGAGGUGCGUAAGAAGAAGAUGGCGGAGAGCAAGGAGAAGAACGGGCCGAGCGGCGGCAGGAAGAAGAGGAGGUGCUGCGUGCUGUAGGAGGUUCUGAGCGCGCUCAGACGGACUCACUCCUCCUCCAUAUUUAUCUCUGCUCACAUUCCUCACCUGGAGACACCUGUGUGCAGCUCCUCCAAUCAUGUAAAGGCACCUGUAAUCACCCCCCCCCCCCCCCCCCCCCCCCGCUGGACUCUAAAGGGAAAAAAUCAGGUUUCUAAGCUUCUCUGGGAAAAAGGACUCAUUGUUGUUCUGCUCUCUUCUCUUUGUUCUGGUUAUUAAACAAGAAUCUGAUCAAA